AUGGGCGCGGGGAGCUUCCGCGCGUGCUUCUUUCCGCACAGCGGAAUGGUGGCGGGUGACUGGGACCCCGAGGACAUGGCGGAGCGCGCGGAGCGCAUUCACCGCCUGCGGAGCAGGCGGAUGAAGGGGGCAGGGGAAGGGGGGACGGCGGAGGAAGGGGCGGAAGAUGCGCAAGGGGAACUGGGGAGCGGGGAAGCUGGGGAAAGCUCCGGGAAAUCGCCGCGGAAGGGGGGAGUAAGACAAGGCAACAAGGACGAAGCAGACAGGAAAGAGCAGGGAAGAGCUGUUGGCGGUGGAGAUCCGAAUAGCGCGGAGGCUGAUAACGAGGAUGACCAAGGCAGCGACGAGGGCAUGGCGUUAGACGAUGAAAUCCGCGAGCCGAGCUCGUUGAUGGAAGCCAUUGCGAUCAGGCGGUCCCUGCAGCGAGUAAGGGAUGGAGAGGACGCAGGGAGGGUUGACGACGGCGAGAGGGGAGGAGAGGGGAUGGAAGGAGAGAGUGGGGGAGGUAACGGGGAGAGGGAUGGGCGUGAGGCAAGGGGAAAUGCGAUUCAGGGCUUGGGAAAUCACGGAGGGGAGCGAAAUGGGGAGGGUGUGGCUGAGGGGGGCCGAGAGGAGGUAUGGGGAAGGGAGGGAGGGAGGGAGAAGGAAAGGGGGGGGCAUGGUGAGGGGAUGGUGUGUGAGAGGAGGAGGAGCAAGAGCGGCAGUGGGAGUGUGAGGAGCAGUCUGUGUAGCAUAGAGGAAGUUGAGGGAGACACUGCUGAUUGUAGCACAGCUCUUUCCACUCAUUCUCGAUAUGUCUUUUCCAGCCACCCUGCUGCAAGUAGCGCAUCUGACACUAACGAGUUUGCAGUGGCGAAUGAUUCGGCACGCAUGAGCCUGGGAGUAAUCACGGGAGAUAAGGAAGGACAGGAAGGCAUGGAAAUGGAAGGGCAGGUGGGUUUGAAAGGGACGGAAGGGGUGGAAGGGGCGGGAGGGGCGGAAGGGGCGGAAGGGCAGGUGCGAGCUGGGGCAGGGCGUAUUGCAGGAGGGCGGUUCCCAGACAUGCCGACAGCAGGGCACAUGCGGGGGAGAGGAGGGAGCGAAGGAGCUGAGCUGGGUGGCUUUUCACCUGGCAGAUCUCCUGGCGUGUCGUCUGCGUUUUCACCUGGGCACCCGGCUUCGCCAACUCCUGCGUUUUCACCUGGGCACUCACCUUCCCUGACUCCUGCCCGAUCACCUCUCCGCCCUCCUCGCCCCUCUCGGUCAUCAUCCCUGUCAGAAGGGAGACUGGAGGUGAAACCAGAUAGUAGCGCAGGCAGCCCUGCUGCCGCUGCUGCUGUUGCUGCUGAUGUUGCUGCUGCUGCUGCUUCCUCACCUCCGCAUGCGCUCCCCCCAGAUACCCAUGGCCAAUCGAAGGCGUUCCCAACCUCAGCAUCAGCAUCGGCAUCAGCAUCGGCAUCAGCGUCAGCAUCGGCAUCGUUGUCACCAUCCAUGUCCCCAUCUCGCCUCCUCGCAGCCAUGCCGUCCCACCCCUCGCCAAACAUCCCCAUGUCAAAGUCUGGAUUUGAUCUCCCCCCUGCCGCCCACUCUUGGGCACCCGCCACCACCUCACACGCCUCCCCUCCUUCCUCCCGCUUCCACCUUGGUCCUUCCGUUACACAGCAACAACAGCAGCAGCAGCAGCAGCAGCAGCAGCAGCAGCAGCAGCAGCAGCAGCAGCAGCAGCAGCAGCAGCAGCAGCAGCAGCAGCACCACCAUCAUUCCAAGUCACUUUUUGAUGGGGCAGGUGCAAGUCUCGAUCCCAUGGCGACUGUAAAGAGGGUUCCCAGAGUCCCAGGGAGCAAAGGGGGGUGGAGGGAAGCUGCUGCUGCAGCAGGAGACGAUUUUGGGCUCGGAGCCUCGGGAGGUUCGGCAGGAGCAGGUUCGGCAGGGGGAGGCUCGGGGCUCCGAGGCUCGGUUUUGCACUCCCGGUCCUUCCGAGGAGGUUCGGCCGGUGCUGCGAUGGCAGCAGCUGCUGCAGCGGCGGCAGCGGCUGUAGCAGGUGGGGGUGGGGCAAUGGGUGCUAACAGCCCCUUGCUGCAGGCUAAGAGAAGACAGGCUGGAUCAAGUUCUAUGAGAGGGAAGAGUUUAGCAGCGUUGGAUUUUGAAAGGAUGCUGGCGAGUGGGGGAGGGGAGAGGAGAGGGGGCGGUGAUGGUGGUGUUGGUGGUGGUGGUGGCUUGGGUGGCGGCAUGGGAGGUGGGGAUGGAGAGGGGGAGGAUUCGGAGUGGGAAGGGCGAUUGGAGCUUGAAGAGUGGGAAAGGGCGAGUGGGAUCGGCGUGAGAGGGAUUGGAGAGAGGGCGGUUAGAGAGAGAGGGGUUGGAGUGAGGGAGGGUAAGGCAGGAGGUGCGGGGGUUGGGGAGGAGGAGGUUCGAAGGCCACCAGGGGGAGCAGUGUUACUUUUUGCAGAUGCUGCCAAUGCAGAUGCGAUUUGUGAGUUGACCCAAAAGGUUAGGGAGGGGGAAGAGGUUCGAAGGCCACCAGGGGGAGCAGUGUUGGUUGCUGUAGAUGCUGCCAAUGCGUGUCUCGAGGCGAAUCAGAGUUUGCCUGAAAGGGCGGAAAGUCAUGGUGCUGGGAGUUUGCAAGGGGGAGGGGGGAGCUUGCAAGUUGAAGGGGGGAAUCUGCAAGAGGAAGAGGGGAUUUGUGCAGAGCGUGCGCCUGCUGCUUGUGAGGGGAGUGCUAGUGGAGGACGAGAAGGGACUUCUUAUGAGGCGCCUCACAAGUCGUCGGCUGCGUGUGAGGGGAGCGCGAGUGGAAGCAGAGAGGGAGGCAGCGAGAGGCAAGGGGUUGUGGAGGAGGAAGAGGAUGAAAAGAGUAGGGAGAGAAGAGAGAGGAGGGAGAGGAGGGAGAGGAGGGAGAAGGAGAGGAAAGAAAGGAGAGAUGAAGACGGAGAGAAGAGGGUUGAUAAGGAAGCUGUGACUGCAGGGAUUCGAGGGGACGAGGGAGGAGCAGGACAGCAAGUGGGGGGAGUGAGGGAGGGAGAGGGGAGAUUGGUGGGAGGGGAAACGGAGAGGGACGGGGACAGGAGUGCGGCGGUGCGUGUAUUAAGUGCAGAGGCAGCCACCACUGAAGGUGGAGGAGAGGAAGCUGGACGGCUUGGAAAUCUCACAGAGGGUACUUCACCUCCUGCUGCUGCCCUGCCCGGUUUGCCUCGGGAUUUCACCAUGGCGGAUUUGGGCAAUUCUCCUGAGACGUCUCAACAGGGUGCUGCUGCUGCUGCUGCUGCUGCUGCUGCUGCUGCUGGCAUGCCCGGUUUGCCUCGAGAUCUUACCCUGGUAGAUCUGGGCAAGGCUUUUGAGACGGCCGAAAAGGGUGCUGCUGCUGCUGCUGCUAUGCCUGGUUUGCCUCGGGGUUUUGCAGAUCCAGUCGGGCCAGCAGAGUUAGCAGGGUCGCCAAGGUCAACAGGGUCAGCGCAGGUCAACAGUGCACAGGUCAGCAAAGGCCAUGUCAGCAGCGGACAGGUCAGCAGCGGACAGGUCAGCAGCGGACAGGUCAGCAGCGGCACGGACGAGUUUGACUUUUCAAGCCCUCUGCUUACAGUGCGCGUCCCAGUGCGACCCCUCUCCCCGCUCCCCACCCUAUCUAUCCCCGCAGCACCCCAUUCUGACCGCUCAGAACCUCUCUCUACCGCCCCAGGGCCUCUGUCUGGGCCCACGCAAGAUUUGCCUCUUGAAGGUGGCGAGGGAAAGGAGGAGAAACGAAGGGGGGAGGAGGAGAGAAGGGAAGAGCAGGGCGAAGGAGGGGUGGGGGAGGAGGAACGGAGAGGAGAAGGAAUCACGUUGCAUGGGAGGCCAGAGGUGGAAGGGGAGGAGGAGGAGGAGGAGGAGGAGGAGGGGAAGGGAAGGAAGGAGGAGGGGGUGGGUUCGCAGCUUGUGUUCAGAGGCAAGAGGAUCCGAGUGAGGGGCGAGCAGGAGCAGAGCGGUGCUCACAGUGGCGCGGAGGAGCAGACUAGUGAGGCGCCUCAAAAGCAAGGCGAGGAGGAGGAGCAGGGCGAGGAGCGGGAGCAGGGUGAGCAGGGCCACCAACCCAUGAAAGGCAGCCGCGACGACAAUCUAAAUCCCGCCCUCCAAGCCCAAGCCCCUCAACGUGAUCCCGCGCUGCCACCUCUCAAUGCGCUUCAGCAGCCCACCGCUCGCCCCACCAGCUCUGGUUUCCAGUUCCGCCCGCUCCUCCUCUCAGCCCCCUCAGACUCCCCAGGCCCCUCCGGCCCCUCGGGUUUCUCAGGCUUCUCAGGCUCCUCCCAGCGCUCUGCCCCCCCCACACCCUUCGGCUUCACCGGCACCAGCAGCAGCAGCAGCGGCGGCAACGGUGGCGGCGGCGGCGGCGGCGGCGCUGGUGGUUGUGCGGGUGUUAGAGAUGGGCCGUACUGGGAGCAUGGGGCUGCUGGUGGUGCUGCUGGGGGUGGCCCGGGUGCUGUUCUAACAGGGGGUGCAGCGGGGAGCAGCGGCUACUGGCAGGGUAGCCGGGAGUUUGGGCCGAUAGGGGCGGCUAGGGUGAGGGCCCAGCGGUGCAGGGAGCACUGGACGCUGCUCUUCAUGGAUCUGCUCGAUCUCAUGCUCAAACGGACGGCUGGAGAUGAGACUGUGGACGAUGAGGCGGAUCUGAUGGUGAAUCGGACGGCUGGGGAUGGAUGUGUGGGUGGGGAGGGUGGUGGUGGUGGUGGUGUUGGGUGGGGGCAUGAGGAGGAGGGGCGGUGGGAAGGGGGUCAGGAUGAGCGGGUGACUGAGGAUGUGUAUAAAGGGUAUAAGAAGGGUGACGAAGGGGGAGAGGGGCGAGAGGAGGUGUAUAGGGAAGGUGGGUUUAGUUUGGCUCGGAUGCGGCCAGAUAGCUUUGGUGGCAGCAGCGGCAGGCUCGGCAGCAGCAGCGGUAGGCUCGGGUCGAUGGUCCGAGCCUCGUCGUCAGCUGCGGCACACCGGGACUUUGAGUGGAUCUGCGAGAAAUUCCGAACCGCAACGGAGCUCUCUGAUAGGCUGAAAGAGCGCCACGUCAGCGAGGCGUUUACUGUAGCACUGGCCGUGUGGCUGAGGUUCUGGGAGCAGUGGGGGGAUGGGCCUCCGGAUUGGGCCGAGGAGGAGGAGGAUGAGGAUGAGGGGGAGGUUCUGCUGGAGGAAGGAGAGGAAGGAGAGGAAGGGGAGGAGGGGGAGGGGGAUGGGGAGGAGCAUAUGGAAAGAAUCCCUUCCGGUGCUUGGUUGAGUAGAGAAGGGAGGGGAGGGGGAGGGGGAGGAGGAGGGGGAGAAGGGGGAGGGGGAAGUAUAGGAAGGCAGAGGUCGCUGGGUUGGGUUGAUGAGGAUAGGACUGGGAUAGGCUCGCCCGAACCUUGGGCUCGUCGAGACAGCUUCGGGCGAGUGAGCCGAACCAACAGCGUCAACCGAACCAACAGCAUCAACCGAACCAGCAGCAUCAACCGAACCUUCAGCCGUACUAGCAGCCGCGGCGGUCUCACAACGGCCCGAGUGAACAGCAGAGGGAGCAGCCUCCGCGAGGGGGGGAGCAUGAGGGAGGGAGGGGGGCUGCUGCGCCUCUCCUCUACCAUCUCCUCCACUACUGCCCCUGAUAUAGCAGACCUAGCAGGGCUGGGAUUCGCACGCAUUCAAGACGAUCUGGCUGAAGCUGCUGGGAUGCUGGCAGGAGUGGCGCCCGGGUCUGCUUUUGAGUCGACUCAGAUCCUGGCAGGGGUGGGGCCGGGGUCUGGGAGACGGGAGGAGACGGGUGGCGGGGAUGAGGUGGGGAGCGGCGUAAUGUUAAGUGGGAGGGAGGAAGGGAAGGGGAAUGGGGGAAAGAGCGGUGGUGAGUUGGCAGGGCCUGCUUCCCGGCCCCAACGGUGGCUCAGCAUGGAAGCUGGUGCAGUUGUUGCUGCCGGUGCCUAUGGCGGUGGUAGUAGGGGCAGAGGGGCGGGGGAUCGUGAGGGGGACGAGGAGGAGGAGCAGGAGGGGGCGUAUGGGAAGGCGCUGACAACAGCAGCAGUGGAGGGGGGCAGUGGGCGCAUGGCUUAUGCAGGCGAUGGGAGGGGGCGAGGGGCGGGCAGAAGCAGAGGCGGGGAGGAGGGGGCGGGGAGGGGGGCAGAGGGGCGGCCUGUGUUGGCAGCACCUGCAGCAGCGGCGGCGGUGCGUGUGUUUGUGUGGGAUCCAGAGGGAAGCAUUCAGGAGCAGCUGGUUAACAUGGCUCUCUGCUCUGACCUGCGUGUUGUACCUUCUGUCUCUGCUCUCUCGUCUGUCCCUGCUGCUGCUGCUGCUGCCGUCUCUGCCAGUGCUGGUGAUGCUGCCGAUGCGGGUCACAACCGCACGCCCAGUAUGCAGUUAAUGCAGCAGCAGCAGAUGAUGCUUCUCCAGUUCAACCCAGAAGCAGACGAACCUCUUUCUCACAAGUCCACCGCUCUGCACCCCUCGCACCGACCCCCCAGCUCGAGCUUCGGCGCCACGUCCGGCAGAGGCUCGGAGGCUUCCGAGCCUGCGAGCGCGAUCAGCAGCAGCAACGGCACCAUCACCACCACCACCACUACCAGCAGGAGCAGCAGCAGCAGCAUCAGUGGGGGCAGCAGGUCAUGGGCGCCUUUACUGGGCGCGCAUCUGCCGGCCUGCCGGGCGUUUGUAGUUUCCUGCCUGUCUGCCGUCCUGACCGCCUGUAGCGAGCGGUCCGCUGCGGCUGUAGCGGCAUCUACACCUGCUGUGCAGCGGCUGAUGAUUUGGCAAGGAGGGGAGGGGGAGGGGCGGCUGGAGGAGGGUGAGGAAGGGGCAGAGGAGGAGGAGGAGGAGGAGGAGGGUGAGGGUGAGGAGGAGGGGAGGGAAGGCGGGGAGGAGGAGGAAGGGAUGGAGAGGCGAGGAGGGAGGAGGGGUGGGAGAGCUCUGAAUAAGGAGCAGCAGAGAAGGGGAUGGACCAUGCCGAGUCUGGCUGCUGGCGUGGCUACUUCUGGUGCUGCUGCUUCCGCUCCUCCCGCCCGCAUCCCAGGAACCUCACCAGUCCCAACCCCUUCCAACCGCUCUCCAGCUCAUCCCAACCGCCCUCCCUCCCGCUCCCGUUCCCACUCCCCACUCACCCACUCCCCACUCUCCCACUCCCCACUCUCCUCCACCCACACCCCGCGUAGACCCCAGGUCUGGGAACCCAUGUCUCUAGCAGCUAUGGCGGAGGUAGCACUAGCAGAAGGGCUUGCAGCUGCCACACACUCGAGCCUGGAGGAACGGUGCGAGGAGCAGGAUCGGCUGUACCUGCAGCUCAGCCUCGGCCCGGGCCUGCUGGGAAUGACCCUGGCGGCGACCAUGAGGGAACUUGAGCAUAUACACCCGGAUGACAGCAUGGCAAUUGCGAGUCUAGCCCAGGAAUUAGGGUUAGACGAGGCGGCGUUUCACGCUGCACUGAGGGCGGUUUCCAGUGGGAGGCUGAAGGCUGCUGGGUUCGAUCGGGUGAUUGGAAUGGUGUUUACAGGCAGAGGGGUUGAGUCGGUUACAAUGCGGUUUGCUCGGCUGGCUGCUGCGGUGAAAACGGCUCAGUUCUGGGGGUCGGGGGGGCCUGGUUCGGGAGAGGGGCCACACCAGUCGCCCCUCUCCUCUCCUAAUACAGGGGGGAGGAGCACUGGGGGGGCAAUGCAAGGGGGGAGGAGCGCAGGAGCAAGCAGUAGUAGAGGUGGGGGGACAGGCUCAGAUGCUGCCGCCAAAGCGGAUCCAAAUAUUACCUCCCCUAGAGCAGCAGCAGCAGCAGCAGCCAAAGCUGCCGCCUCCGAUCCUCUAUCCCCCUCUUCCACUUCCUCUCCUGCUCUCUCUGCUUCCACUGCUCCCUCGGCCUCCCCCUCCCCAUCCCUCUCCGCCGCUGCUCCUGGCUGGGCUGCUGCUGCCUUUGCUGUUGCCUCUAGCUGGGGUUCUGCUCUUGCCUCCCAGGCUAGUUCCGGAGCUGCAGCCGCGGCAGCAGGUUCGGGAAAAGGCUCGGCGGCGGGGUCGGUGGGUGGGUUGUUGUCGGCUGGCAGCAGAGCAAGUGCUCCUGGGGCUGGUGCUGGCUCAGGUGGUGCUUCAGGUGGUUCUUCAGGUGGUGCCUCAGGUGGUCCUUCAGGUGAUGCUUCAGGUGGUUCUUCAGGUGCCGGCAGUCAUACUGAUGCUCCUGCUUCCAGUGCUGGUGGUAGUGGUGUCGAACUGCUAAUACGGGAGGGGAGGAGGCGGGGAGGGAGCGAAGGGGAGGUGGGAGCGUGGCUGAGCGAAGGGGGAGCAGCAGAGGAGGGGCGGGAGGACGGGGAGGCGUUAUCUGGCACAGGUAGAUCCAAGCCAGGGCACACCCGGGGCAGGAGCGACAUUCCCACGUUGUGGCUGGGCGGAGGGAGAGGCAUCAGUGGGAGUGACGCCCUUACUUCCCCUUCUGCUGCUGCUGCCGCUGCUGCUAAUGCUGCAGCAGCAGGAGGAGGGGCGAGGGGGUGGGCUGGAGGUUUCUUCACCACCCCACGUGGGAGCCCAAGAGCUGGUAGUGGUGGUGGUGCAGGGGAUGGGGGGGGAGCUGCCGGCACGGGCCUGGGCGGGUCGAUGGGAGCAGGAGGUUUAGGUGGGGGAAUGAGUGGGGCGAUGGGAGGAGGGGGAGUGGGGCAAAUCACGGGCAGUGGCACGGGUAGCAAUAGCAAGCAGUCGAGUGCGGUGUUCCUGACUCCGCGCACCUCUCAGCAGAACUCGUAUGUGGCGGAGUUUGUGGAUGCCAUGCUGAGGAGCGAGGUGAUGCGGAGGCAGCACGCGUGGGCGUACGAGCUGCUGCUCAACUUCUUGAGGAUCAACAGCCGAGGAGCGCCCAUGGAGGAGAGGGAACUCAACCUCUGCGCUCAGCAGAACUCGUAUGUGGCGGAGUUUGUGGAUGCCAUGCUGAGGAGCGAGGUGAUGCGGAGGCAGCACGCGUGGGCGUACGAGCUGCUGCUCAACUUCUUGAGGAUCAACAGCCGAGGAGCGCCCAUGGAGGAGAGGGAACUCAACCUCUGCGCUCAGCAGAACUCGUAUGUGGCGGAGUUUGUGGAUGCCAUGCUGAGGAGCGAGGUGAUGCGGAGGCAGCACGCGUGGGCGUACGAGCUGCUGCUCAACUUCUUGAGGAUCAACAGCCGAGGAGCGCCCAUGGAGGAGAGGGAACUCAACCUCUGCGCUCAGCAGAACUCGUAUGUGGCGGAGUUUGUGGAUGCCAUGUUAAGGAGCGAGGUGAUGCGGAGGCAGCACGCGUGGGCGUAUGAGCUGCUGCUCAACUUCCUCAGGAUCAAUAGCCGAGGAGCGCCGAUGGAGGAAAGAGAGCUGAAUCUCUGCGCUCAGGUGUGUGAUGUGAUGGAUGGGAUGUGGUGUGAUGUGGGGCUAGGGCUGGUGCUGGGGGUGGGUGGUUGGGAAGGCGUGGCAGCACGCGUGGGCGUGCUGCUCACCAAGUGGCUGGGCGAGGGCGAGGUGGGGGAGAUGGAGGAGAGGGCAGUUCACAAGAUUGAGGGAAUGGACGACCCGGGGGUGCAGGUGCUGCUCACCAAGUGGUUGGGCGAGGGGGAAGUGGAGGACAUGGAGGAGAGGGCAGUGCACAAGAUAGAGGGAAUGGACGAUCCGGGGGUGCAGGUGGGGUGGCCCAUGUGGGUGCGCGUGGGGCGCCUCGUGGAGCGCCAGUACGACCUGCCCCGCCUGCUGCGCGCCAUGCAGAGCCUCUCCAUCUGGUUCAACUACGAUGAACUGGAGGAGGACGGCACGUGCAGCAGCGCCACCGUCUCAUCUGUCUUUGACUGGGGCCUGGCCGGCCUGCUACAGGACCUGCCGCCCGGAGACGACGCCGCCCAGUCGCUGCUGGACGUCCUGGACCCAGAAGAUGACGAAUGGAUCGACGUCUCGCUGGCCGUUGCCGCCCGGAUGGCGCUGCCGACCGGCAACUGGUGGCCCGUGCAGGGCGGCGGAGGGGUGGCGGGGUUUGUCGCCAAGCUGCUGUCACUGAUAGAAGAAUGUGGUGAACCCUCACCUCAGCAGCAGAGCAGGGCGGUGCAGGUGGCUCUGAGGCUUUGGAGCUGGGCCAUGCCUAAGAGGGAGCAGCUGCAGGAGCAGUGCGAGGAAUCGGAGGGCAGUGCAGGUGGCAUUGAGGCUGUGGGGCUGGGCCAUGCCCAAGAGGGAGCAGCUGCAGGAGCAGUGCGAGCAUAUGAGGAAUCGGAGGGCAGUGCAGGUGGCAUUGAGGCUGUGGGGCUGGGCCAUGCCCAAGAGGGAGCAGCUGCAGGAGCAGUGCGAGCAUAUGAGGAGUCGGAGGGCAGUGCAGGUGGCAUUGAGGCUGUGGGGCUGGGCCAUGCCCAAGAGGGAGCAGCUGCAGGAGCAAUGCGAGACGGAGGAGGAGCUGAUGGAGGUGUGGCAGCGCUCUGCCUCGGCCAUCUGGCGCUCCGUGGCGUGUGGAGGUAUGGGGCUGGUGGUUAA